AUGAAGUUGGGCAAAGUGGAGUUCUGCCAUUUUCUUCAGCUGAUCGCGCUUUUCCUGUGUUUUUCGGGGAUGAGUCAAGCGGAGCUCUCAAGGUCCGGAUCAAAGCCCUAUUUCCAAUCAGGGAGGUCGCGCACGAAGCGCAGCUGGGUGUGGAAUCAGUUCUUCGUGCUGGAGGAGUACAUGGGUUCAGACCCGCUCUAUGUAGGAAAGCUUCACUCUGAUGUUGAUAAAGGAGAUGGUUCCAUCAAAUACAUCUUGUCAGGCGAAGGGGCAAGUUCCAUUUUCAUUAUUGAUGAGAACACUGGGGAUAUUCAUGCUACCAAGAGGCUGGAUCGCGAGGAGCAAGCCUACUACACACUUCGAGCCCAGGCAUUGGACCGGCUCACCAACAAGCCCGUGGAACCUGAGUCCGAGUUCGUCAUCAAGAUUCAGGACAUCAACGACAACGAACCCAGAUUCUUGGAUGGCCCGUAUACGGCAGGGGUUCCCGAAAUGUCGCCUGUGGGGACCUCAGUGGUACAAGUGACAGCGACGGAUGCUGACGAUCCUACAUAUGGCAACAGCGCUCGAGUGGUCUACAGCAUCCUGCAGGGUCAGCCAUACUUCUCAGUGGAGCCCAAAACAGGAGUCAUCAAGACCGCCCUUCCAAACAUGGAUAGAGAGGCUAAAGACCAGUAUUUGCUUGUUAUUCAGGCAAAGGAUAUGGUUGGUCAAAACGGAGGGCUCUCUGGAACCACGUCAGUCACCGUGACCCUCACUGAUGUCAACGAUAACCCACCUCGCUUUCCUCGAAGGUCGUACCAAUAUAACGUCCCAGAAUCAUUGCCAGUGGCUUCUGUUGUGGCCAGAAUUAAAGCUGCCGAUGCAGAUAUAGGAGCUAAUGCUGAAAUGGAUUACAAAAUUGUGGAUGGUGAUGGAUUAGGGAUUUUCAAGAUUGCUGUUGACAAAGAUACACAGGAAGGAAUCAUUACUAUACAGAAGGACUUGGAUUUUGAAGCCAAAACAAGUUACACGCUACGGAUAGAAGCUGCAAACAAAGAUGCUGACCCCCGCUUUCUGAGCCUGGGGCCCUUCAGCGACACAACAACCGUGAAGAUAAUUGUGGAAGACGUGGACGAGCCCCCUGUGUUUUCUGCACCCCUUUACCCCAUGGAGGUGUCGGAAGCCACCCAAGUUGGGAAUAUUAUUGGCACCGUAGCAGCUCAUGACCCAGAUUCUUCCAACAGCCCAGUGAGGUAUUCAAUUGACAGAAACACAGAUUUGGAGAGAUACUUCAAUAUUGAUGCCAACAGUGGAGUUAUUACAACUGCCAAAUCUUUGGAUCGAGAGACAAACGCUGUUCACAAUAUCACAGUCCUUGCAAUGGAGAGCCAGAAUCCAUCUCAAGUGGGAAGAGGCUACGUAGCAAUCACUAUCCUUGACAUCAAUGACAACGCCCCUGAGUUUGCCAUGGACUAUGAGACCACUGUUUGUGAAAACGCCCAGCCAGGCCAGGUUAUCCAGAAAGUCAGUGCUGUCGAUAAAGACGAGCCAGCCAAUGGCCACCAGUUUUAUUUCAGCUUAACAACUGAUGCAACAAACAACCACAACUUUUCAUUGAAAGACAACAAAGACAACACAGCCUCAAUUCUCACCAGGAGAAAUGGUUUCCGGAGACAGGAGCAGUCUGUCUAUUACCUGCCAAUCUUCAUCGUGGACAGCGGGUCGCCUUCACUCAGCAGCACCAACACCCUCACCAUCCGCGUCUGUGACUGUGAUGCAGACGGGGUUGCCCAGACCUGCAACGCCGAGGCCUACGUCCUUCCUGCCGGUCUCAGCACAGGAGCCCUGAUCGCGAUUCUAGCCUGUGUUUUGACCUUACUGGUGCUGAUCCUCCUGAUCGUCACCAUGAGAAGACGGAAAAAAGAGCCGCUGAUUUUCGACGAAGAGAGAGACAUCAGAGAAAACAUCGUCCGAUACGACGACGAGGGUGGGGGAGAGGAAGACACGGAAGCCUUUGACAUGGCUGCGCUGAGAAACCUCAACGUCGUGAGAGACACCAAGACCCGGAGGGAUGUGACCCCGGAAAUCCAGUUCUUGAGUCGACCGACUUUUAAAAGCAUCCCGGAUAAUGUCAUUUUCCGGGAAUUUAUUUGGGAGAGACUGAAAGAAGCCGACGUGGAUCCCUGCGCCCCGCCUUACGAUUCCUUGCAGACGUACGCCUUCGAGGGGAAUGGCUCGGUGGCGGAAUCUCUCAGCUCCCUAGAUUCCAUCAGCUCAAACUCUGAUCAGAAUUAUGACUACCUUAGUGACUGGGGACCGCGUUUUAAACGCCUCGCAGACAUGUACGGAACCGGCCAGGAGAGCUUGCACUCAUAG